UAAACGGAGAUGGACUCCACCGGAGUCGCCUGGCAGUUUUUGUCUUAAGCUUUAAUUGUUGGCUGAGAUGUUCAUCUAGCGACGCAGUGCUUCGGCGCACCGGACGAGUUGCGAAAAUGGAGGCUAUGGAGGACGACAGCUUGGAUGUAAGAGACGACCAUAAUCACAACUACCGCGCCAGCGGCAGUAACAGAGUCCGCACAUAUCUCAGCAGCCAGCUGUCGGAUAUAUCCACGGUCUCGCAGCCUGUCUGUGCAACGGUGCCGGCUGGAGAACCGGGUGCAAGACAAGGGAAGAUGUGGUCCGGUGCAACCGGCGGGUCAAAGUUUAUGGACUCGGAUACAGGCAGCGAGAGCAGCGAAGUCAGCGAGACUGACAGCAGCGCGCCGGCGGCCGCAGUCGAGAGGAAAUUCGCCCUCGAUUCUACUUCCAAGUUCCUUCUGAAUGAAAUGGCAGUAGGGGACUACCGGAAAAACCACUGGCCAAACUUGGAGAAGGCAAUUGACCGUCUGCUGAUUCAGAAUUCCACAGACCACAUCUCUGUUUCUUAUGCACAAAUAUACAGUUAUGUGUACAAGUGUGUCUGUCAGCAGCACUCUGAGCUUCUCUACAAUGAUCUGACGUCAAAAAUAACAGGUCAUCUGGAGCAGGUUUCCACCCAUCUACAAGCUAGCCCACUUGAGAACUUCAUUGAGAAUUUCAACGUUGCACUGACACAAUACAUAGCCUCUCUUCAAUGCAUAGUUCCUGUCUUCAUGUACUUGAACAAGUUCUACAUCGAGUCUAAACUGAACCGAGACCUCAGAGAGGACCUGAUGAAGCUGUUCGCCGAUCACGUUGCAGAAAAACACGUGAACACACUGAUGCCUCUUCUCAUUAAAGCUCGGUCCAUGCCCUUUGAAGUGCAGCCCUCAACAAUGGCCAGUGUGGUUAAGGGCCUCUACAGCCUCCGACCAGAGUGGGCCCAACUUGCCCCAGAUCUCUUCUCCGGGUUUAUCCCCCAGAUUAACCCUCCUGCUGUUGAGUCUCUGCUGUCAGACUAUGCCGCUCAUGACCAGAAGCUACAGAUGGAGCUCUCCAUGAACGGAUUCCCACGGGGUGACCAGUCUCGCAAACGGGCCAGCGAUGACUCGUGAUAGCGAGGGCCAGCGCCACCAGAUUCGCUGCAGAACUAAUACCGUGCCUCCUCUGUCUUUAUCACAAGUUGUCUCCCUGCACUAGGUACAAUGCUAACCGUGCGUCAUCCCUUUUUGACUCGAGGUCACGAAACACUGUGAACAACAAAGAGAACGUGAUGUUGAGCUGUUGAGCAGAAGUUAAAAAAAAAAAGAAAGCACACAGACUUCCAUUUUGGUGCUUUCCUUCGAAUUUCUUCAUCUUCUGCUCAUUUGAAGAGUGCCUUCGUGGUGUGUGUCUGACUGAAAACCCUGACGAGGCCGAUGAUCCAUUCCUAACCUUUAACGUGAAAGUGUCUUGUGUCGUUUUGAUAAAUGGGGCUAAUCAAGACUCUGUUGCUGCUGCUAAUAAUACUCUCUGUGUGUUAAUACCAUAAAUCCCUUGGUUUCACCCACAUUAUAUGUAUCUCAGUGGUUACAGUCGACACAAAUGAGUGUGGAAAGAAGUGGGAGCUAAGUCACUGAACUUGGUUAUGACUCUCUUCUUCCUGUUGCCUUUACUGUUUUGGUAAACCAGGUUGUAUUUUCCAGUUUUGCCAAAGAGGAAAACUAUUUUUUCUUUUGUUUUUUUUUUAUAUACAAUGUGUUUGGUUCCAGCUGAUAUUCUAAAUGUUGUGUGCUGUCCAAGGCACUGAGCCAUUUAAUUUUAUUCUAUACUAACAAGUUAGUUAAUCUUUGGUUCACCCACUGGUUUAAGCUCGAGUCAUUCAUGUUUGUUUUUAAGCCUUGCGUGUGGGAUUGGCAGAGGUUGCCGUACAGGACGUUAACACCGAGUGCCAUAAAGUCAAAACAACCACACAAUAGUAUUUGAGGAUUUCCUAAUUUUUACCUCAACUUGCUUGAAUUGCCCCUUAACCGCAUACACGAUACACAGAAUCAAACUCAGUGCUUCAUGGGCUUAAAGGGGACCUAUUAUGCUCUGUUUCCUCCUGCGUAUUUGUAUUCCUGGACUCCACUAAAGUAGCUUUGCAUGAUUUCCCAUCCAAAAUAAUCCCCGUUUAUCUCAUGCUGAGCCUUGGUGCAGCCUCUCAGUUCAUCCGCUGCCUGAAAAAAGCUGUUUGGGCCAGAUUUCUUUUGAUUGGCUGCCCCUCAUGAACAAAAGGUUUUGAGCAACAGCUGGGAGGGGAUUCAGUGCUCUCAAUGACAACAUUGAGAGCAAAGAGGAGAAAACAAAUCUCUCAAACUGAGCAUUUAAAGCAGUGUGAAAGUGGAGCCUUUGACUUGCAGUGAUGACCUUUAUGUACGCUGCACUCAUAAUUUGAAACUCUGACCAUGUUUAAUUUGAGCGACCGCUACUGGUACAGGAUAUGUAUACAUAUUACAGGAAAUAAAUAAGGAAAAGCAUAAUGGGUCCACUUUUAAUGAAGCAAAUGACUUGCAGAUAUCUUUUUGUACCCAAGUACAGGCUGUUCAAGUUGUAAAUAUUUUUACCUCUGCAUCGCCGUCUGUGUACACUAGCUUUUGUCACAGGUGCGAUUUUGUUAAAUGAGUCACUCGAAUAAAUGUACUUGAUACGAGUUCCUACACUGUUUUAAGUGUAAUUAGAUGCUCGGGCUUGCUUUUUAUUUCCAUCUCACCGCACUUCAAAUAAACUAAUCAUGGGACAUGAUUUCAUUAUUCCAGCUCUUAAGACCGGGCCUUGAGAAAUGCUCAUCUUGUCAACAUGCAGGUAUUCUAAUGUAGCUAAUGAAGUCGAGGAGAGUCCGAAUCACUACGGAUGCUUAACGCUGGGUGUACAAGAUUAUGCGUCUCACCUUUAAUUUUUUUCGUGCUGCAAAAAUAAUGCGUGUUUGAAAACAACUGUGAAUGGCUCAAAUACUGUUUCAGAAAUCUGUUGCAGAGAUAUCU